UCGAAACAAGGCCUUACCAUGAAAGUUUUUAUUCUUUUGUUCGUCGUCGGUUUCGUCGCCGCUGAAUACAAAAUCAAGCAUUUCGAUGACUUGAUGCACUAUCACGACGAAUGUGCUACGGAACAUAACAUUCCAGCUGAUACUUUGGCGAAAUACAAGAAGCAAAAGUACGAAGAUGAUCAUCAAACGCACUGCCAUAUUCAUUGCGUCGCCAAAAAGUUGGGCGUCUUUGAUGAUGAACACGGAAUGGCAAUUGACAACUACGUGGCUCAAGUUGUAGCUGCCAAUCACGAAACUGAAGAAGUUGUUCGUCCCAAGAUUGUUCAUUGUGCGGAGGAAGUUGAACAAUACAAAGCUGAUCAUUGUUUGUGGGCAUUCAAGGGAUUCUUCUGCACAAAGGCAGCUGGAUAUGAAGUCAUUGAACGCAAACACAGAAAGGGAGGUCAUAAAAAGCACGAUCAUGAUCAUUAAGGAACCAUGAACGCUGU